GAGCGAAGCGCAUUUGACGAGGAGCGUCCAGACUUUGCGCACACGGACUGAAGUUUUGAGUUUAGUUUCAGCUUUACUUCCAGCGCCUCCAAUUACCGACUGGUCUACCAUGUCCAACAAAGAAGAAAGACAGGAAGCCAAAUAAAAGGCCGGACUGGAUGUGACUCAUGAGAAUUAUGCUUCUGACUGUAAUUUACUGAGUGGGAGCGCGCUCCUCCGGGCUGUGGUGGAUAUAUGGUUGACUCAAGAACCCGUAACAUUCGUGUUAUACUUUGCUUCGAGGGAACUUAACUCAUAACUGUUGUGAUGGAGAGAAACAUGUUUUUCACUUGGAUGCUGUUGUGUGUGCUCGUGCGGCCCACGGUUACACAGAACCCCGCACCUGAAGGAGUGCUGAACUGCUGCGAGGGUGACAUUCUCUUCUUAUUGGAUUCGUCAGGGAGUGUAUCCUCCUAUGAGCACUCCCGCAUGCUCUCCUUCUUGUCUGAGCUCCUCCUCCCCUUCUCCCUGGGAGAAGACCAGGUGAGGGUAGCACUUCUCCAGGUGGGCACCCAACCACGCCUUGAGUUUGGCUUUAAUGCCCAUAACACCCAGAGCAGCCUUCAGGGAGCUUUGAGGGGCACCAAACCUCUCAGGGGGGACACCAACACAGUGGGGGCACUAAAAAUGGCAAAGGAGUGGGUGCUGAGACCUGGGGCAGCAGAUGGGGCCCGGGCAGGGCUCCCCAGAGUGCUGGUGUGGUUGACGGAUGGGGUGAAACCAGGCGAUGUGAUUGGACCAAUGGCUGAGCUGCGGGAGGAGGGUGUGGCUGUGCUGGUGGUCUCCACUGGGCAUGGCAACUAUCAGGUGUUGAGGCAGGUGGUGACUCCACCCGUGGAGAGCCACCUACACUUUGUGGACAUCGAUGAUAUGAGUAUCAUCACAGAGGACCUGCGGGACGCCAUUAUUGAGAUCAUUCGAGCUGAGCGAAUCACCGUCCGUGACGUCUCCACCAACUCAGCUACGCUCCAGUGGCGACCCGUUCUGUCUGGUUUGACUGGCUACUAUGAGAUUCGCUUUGGUCAGGUUCCGACUGGAGGAGGUGGUGGAGGAGGAGGGACUGGGACCAGUCCGAGCACCGGUGGCAGUCAUUACCAGAGAAUAACCCAGUCUGCAGAUGCCAGCACAGCCCGGCUGACAGGCCUGAAUCCUGACACCACCUACACCGCCACACUGACCCCGGAGUCCAAUGAACAAGCAUUUAACACACUCUCUGUCACCUUCACUACAAAGCCAGAGGUGCUGAGCCCAGCUGUGGUAACAGUCUCUGAUUCGGGGCAAACCAGCGUUCGGGUGAGCUGGGGUCCUCCUCAGCCGGAGUUGGUCACAAGUUACUACAUCGAGUACUCUGCUCUUCCCAGAGGCAAGCUCCACGCUGCCACCGUGAGCCGACUGCAAAACUCCACGCUCCUCAGAGACCUCCAGCCAGAUACCACUUACUUGGUCACCAUUACUGCCCGGCACACCUCGGGCAAGGAGAAGGCCAUGUCUGUCAAAGUGUGCACUCAGGAAGUGACCCCCGCCCUGGCAGACCUGCAGCUGACCACAGUGGGCAGUGACUCAGUGCAGGUGGACUGGAAGAGCAGCGUAGGUGGUCUGAGGGGCUACUGGCUCACCUGGGAGGGACAGCAAAGCUCCAUCGGCGGUCAGCGCUCCUCUUUCUAUUUGCCUCCCGACUCUCUGUCAACCCGCCUCACACACCUGCCCCCGGCAACUAGGGUGUGUGUGUCACCCAUUUACCGGACGGCGCGAGGAGAGGGCCUGUGCUGCACGGCACAGUUCCAUUCAGAUGCAGUAGCAUACGGCUACCAGUCAUAGCAGCCACGAGCUGCAAGUGCACCUUACCAAACAUGGAGGGACGAUGGAGAGAUGAAUUUUGACUUUCAUCCAUAAUUCUUUUCCGAGCCUCUCCCCUCUGUGGAAAUCAUCCAGGAGAGAUGUGUGGUUUGGCAUACUGAGCACUCAUGUGGAAGCCAUAGACACUUUAGAGUGGUCUGGGACAGUGUGGCCGCAUGUUGACGGCUAUAAUCUGCAACAGAGAGGACGAUUUGCUUUUCAUUUCUCUUUUUUCUCAUCUGGUUUACACCUGUAGUACAUGUAUAAUGUUUCAGUUUAAAGAUGUAAGAAAAGAUGUUUCUUGGGUCUGUUUUGCAGAUACAGAGCAGGGCAUGCUGGGAAUGUUGGAUGUUUUAUGUAGCUUGUUUUGGAGAAAGUCUUUGCACCAUAUGUGGGCCUCAUGCCCCAAAUCAGCUUUUUUUCCCUCAAAUCUUGCUAACACAAAAAAAACAUCUGAUUUACAUUUAUAAUGAAUACUUAUGAGUUGUACUUAAGUGACUUCUCUCUCAGCACAUGCUUGAUAUAUGUGUGUGCACACUGGAGCGCAACAAGGGAAUGUUAACAUGAGGGCUUUAAUAACAGGAUCUUCAGGAUCGCUUUGAACUUAGAGAGAGAAAUUACGAACAGACCGUCCACAUGUUCUGACUGAGAUGCUGCAUAUGAUAUAAAUGUGUGUAACUGAGAGUAGUCUUGUUUUGGUCUCUCCAUCAUUCAUAUUUAUUAAUCAAGAAUCAUGUAAGUAUGAUAAUUAAUAGCGUGCAGUAUUUACAUACAGGCUGUUUACAUAUUAAGACUGUUACCUUUUUUUUAAGUGAGUCUCUGCUGCCCCCUACUGAAAGGAUCAUUACAGGCUUACAACUGAUCUCUGACUGGUCAUCCUCUCAGAGCAAAUGUGUUUAAUGUUGGUUUGCCACGUUUGAAAUUAAAUAUGAGCUUGCAAUAAAGUCCUUUAAUAA